AAGAAGAAAUUAAAAAAGACAUGUGUUUAAUCAUAUUAUAUUGUAAUCAUCCUGUUAGUGGUAAAUUAAAGAAGUCAUUCCUUGAAGUACAUAAAGAUGAACUACUACCCACAGUGCUGGAUAAAGCUUAUGAGUUAAUGAAAUUAGCUCCUCAUAUUCCUAUUGAGAGAUGUCGUUUAGUUAAAUAUGAUUAUGAGUGUCAUGAAAUGGAACAGUCCUUAGAUUGUAACGAGUUUCAACAUCUAACUAUUGGACAGAUUAUGGAUUUAGUUGGAUGUUAUAGUUUAUUCUUAUUCUUAGAAACUCGUAAAGAAAAUGAAAUCUUUGAAAAAUACAAUGCUGGAAAUGCUUUCUUAUUCAUUCUUGACAAGAAAAUUAGGCAAUCUUAUUACAGUCUUCAAGAAGAAAAUGAUUCAUUGCAGAAGAUUUUACACCCACAGCCUGAUGCUUUGAGACCACUCUCAGUCUAUGAGUCUAAAAUG